UGGCUCCCUAUGGGUCCCUAUGGUCUCUCUAUGGGUCCCUAUGGUCUCUCUAUGGGUCUCUGUGGGGUCCCUAUGGGUCUCUAUGGGGUCUCUAUGGGUCUCUAUGGGGUCUCUAUGGGGUCUCUAUGGGGUCUCUAUGUGUCUCUAUGGGUCCCAAUGUCUCUCUAUGGGUCCCUAUGGUCUCUCUAUGGGUCUCUAUGGGUCCCUAUAGUCUCUAUGGGUCCCUAUAGUCUCUAUGGGUCUCUAUGGGUCUCUAUGGGUCUCUAUGGGUCUCUAUGGGUCUCUAUGGGUCUCUAUGGGGUCUCUAUGGUCUCUCUAUGGGUCUCUAUGUCUCUCUAUGGGUCCCUAUGGGUCUCUAUGGUUCCCUAUGGGUCUCUAUGGGUCUCUAUGGGUCUCUAUGGUUCCCUAUGGGUCUCUAUGGGUCUCUAUGGGUCUCUAUGGUUCCCUAUGGGUCUCUAUGGGUCUCUAUGGGUCUCUAUGGGUCUCUAUGGGUCUCUAUGGAGUCUCUAUGGGUCUCUAUGGGUCUCUAUGGGUCUCUAUGGGUCUCUAUGGGGUCUCUAUGGGUCCCUAUGGUUCCCUAUGGGUCUCUAUGGGUCUCUAUGGGUCUCUAUGGGGUCUCUAUGGGUCCCUAUGGUCUCUCUAUGGGUCUCUAUGGGUCUCUAUGGGUCUCUACGUCUCCCUAUGGGGUCUCUAUGGGGUCUCUAUGGGUCUCUAUGUCUCUCUAUGGGUCUCUAUGGGUCUCUAUGGGGUCUCUAUGGGGUCUCUAUGGGUCUCUAUGGGUCUCUAUGGGGUCUCUAUGGGUCUCUAUGGGGUCUCUAUGGGUCCCUAUGGGUCUCUAUGGGUCUCUAUGGGUCUCUAUGGGGUCUCUAUGGGUCUCUAUGGGUCUCUAUGGGGUCUCUAUGGGGUCUCUAUGGGUCUCUAUGGGUCUCUAUGGGGUCUCUAUGGGGUCUCUAUGGGUCCCUAUGUGUCUCUAUGGGUCUCUAUGGGUCUCUAUGAGGUCUCUAUGGUUCCCUAUGGGUCCCUAUGGUCUCUCCAUGGGUCCCUAUGGGUUCC